CAGGUUAGUUGAAAAUGUCCAUUUUGUGUCCUUUUUGUGUGCCCUUAUUUUUUAUCCUUUUUUUUUGCCUUCGAUUAAGUGCUCCCUUUGCCCCCUGCUUCCCCCAGCGAGGCGAAUUGCAACAGAUCACGUGGCUACCACGUACGCUGCGUCACCCGCGUUGGCAUGUCCCUUCCUGUGGGUGGAAACGCCUCGCGGAGCCAGUUUCUAUGUUUUGUUGGCCAGUCCCAUGCCACGGUUGCGCGCGAGUGGGAGUAAGCAAGGGUGGACCUAACCAAGCGUUGACGUAAGCAAGCGUGGACGUAAGCGCUGACGUAAGCGUCUACCUAAACGUGUCCUCACGUGAAGUGGCAAAUGUGCGCAUCCCCCGGGCGACGCCUCCACUCCAAUUGCAAAAUGAGCUUCGAAAAAAAGGUAACGUUUUUCAAAAACGAACUUCGACGGAGGGACGAGGAGGACCAGGCGAGGUUUAAGAAGGCAGUCAAAUUUCAAAACAAUGUUUGUGCCAUGCAAGAUGAAUUCGUUAAGAGGAAAGAAGUGUAUAAACUGCGGGAGGAAAUAAAAAAUUAUAAACAGAAAAUGGCAGAGCUGCAAAAAGAAAAUGGCUGUUUAAAAAGGGAAGUACAGUUGUGCCAUGCGGAGGUGAAAAACUUGAAGGAAGAAAUCCGAGUGAAAGAUAAGCGCAUUAUUCGCUUGAUGGCGGAAAAUGACGUAGCGGAUAAAUUGUACCGGGAGAUGUACCUCACUGCGCACCUUCAAAGGUGA